AGUAACUUAUCCUGAAAAUUAGCUGGCAACACUGCGCAGCCUGACUUUAUCAUUAUCGCGCGGUCGUUUGUCAUCAGUUGUAUGCUUGGCGGCAUGAUGAAGCCCGUGUUUAGAUGGUAACUUACACAGAGCCGGUUAGACGGUGUCCACAGGGUGACUAGGUGAAAGGUGACCCCGGGUGUGCGUCGCGGGGGCGUGCCGUGACGUCUCGGAGGAAGGUUGCGAUCUGAACGUCCGAAAUUGCAGUAACAGUCCAGACCCAACCAGAGCUCAGAAAGCUUCCCAGCGCACCGGACUCUCCGCGAGUGACCCCCCGACGCGUAAUCAGGGCAAUACACGCUCUUAACCUUGACUGACCUUAUAUAGGCUCGCUGCAAGCAAACACACGGCGCUGAAGUCCUCCGGCUGCACGGCUCAUUUCCACGGUGGCUGCGUCAAGAGAGCUCCGUCGUGAAGCGGGAUCGCCUCACGUUUUCUGGCGUGCAUAUAACCGUGACAUUCGCGCGGACCGCUCCGUAGACCUCGCGUGGAUCCAUCGUGCCGCAGGGGUUCCUCAGAGGCCGUCUCUCACAUGAUGUACACAAUAACCAGAGGUCCCAGCAAACUUGUUACACAACGGAGAACAGGCCCUACGCAACAGAUUGAGAGCAAAGCGAACGGCCUGAAACAGAAGCAAGGCCACUGGCUUGUAUCGGAUUCACCAGCGCCUAAGAUUGUGUUUCACCGGCUGAACGGAAAGCGGUUCCACAGAUCAACCUCUCCAAAAGCUGAAAAUACUACUGAGGGAUUCACCCCAGCACACGAGGAAAAUGUUCGGUUUGUUUAUGAAGCUUGGCAGGAGGUGGAACAGAAGCUCGGAGAGGGAUCCCAGCCGGAGAACAGGAAAGGCCCGGUGCAGUACGCGGAGAGAAGCCCCAAUCCCGGCAUGAAGAAUUUUGUGCCUAUUGAUCUCGAUGAGUGGUGGGCCCAGCGUUUCCUGGCCAACAUUGCCAACCUGUCAUGACAGGUGCAUGAUGGGGCAUGAGGAGAUGUGGCUGACCGGUCCAGACUGAGGCAGUGCAGCCGGACUCUCCUGAUGAGCUCAGGUGAUCAGGCAAGAGAUUUGCACACUGCAUGAAUUCAGCCCUUCCUGUGGAACUGUUUGCCCAGCCGGACCCAGACUCUCUCUCAUGCACACGGAAGAUGAUCAGAGAUUUUUCUUUCUUUGUUAGAAUGGGAGAUGUCUGUUUUUCUCGGCAGAUCUUUGCAAAAAAUGAUGUUAUAAAACAAAUAAAAAAAGUCCAGUAAAAGUUUUUCAAGACAUCUUUGGUAUGUGAUUUUUUUCAGUGUUGGUCACAUUUUGAUAUCAUGGGGUGCAGAGAUA